GUACGCGCGCCGCUCUUAGCUUCACCUCCGCCAAGUGCGCAUGCGCAACCCGCCGAGGGGAGGGCGGGGGGAGCGAUGGCGUAGCCCCGCCCCCUCGGUGCGCUGUCGCCUAGCAACGAGUUUCCCGGGCAACCGCGGCCGCGACGCCGGGCCACAAGAUGGCGGCCCCGGAGAGCAUCUAUAACCUCCUGCCCCGCCUGCAGGAGCCGCCCGCCAGGCCGCCCAGGUAUAUAUCAACAUUUAGACCGUCUGUGAAACAAGAAAUAGAGAAAAGUAAAGCUCAGUGGAAAACUAUGGGGCCAGCAAAAGUUGCGGUGCCGUCUCCAAAAAACUUUCUGAAGAAACAUUCAAAGGAACCCAAGCUACCAGCGAGAAAAAAAGAACAGGAUAGUAAGAAAUUGCCUGCAUUAUCAGUCCCACGGAGGACAGAUCACCCAGUUAUGGGAAUUCAGAGUAAAAAGAAUUUUAUAAAUACAAAUGCAGUUGCUGCUAUCACAGGAUUGCCUAAAAAGCCUCAACCUAUUUAUGUUGAUAGAAGACAAGGAGACAAAUAUCUGCUUGAAACUUCAGGACUUGUUCCAAAAUAUAUUAAGAAAAAGGAUUAUGGUAUUACACCAAAAUAUGUGACACAGAGAACUGAAGAAACAAAGAAAGCUCAGAAAGAUUAUGAGACCCAGGUCUUGGAGUGUCUCAAGAAAAAAGCCAUGAAGCAGUUAUCUGAUGAAGAAAGGGAAAAUCUUCUACAGGGGCUGAAAAAGAACUGGGAGGAAGUGCAUCAUGAAUUUCAGUGUCUUUCGGUAGAAAUAGACACCAUACCCAAGAAGUUGCAUAAAGCAAAGCUGGAAUCACAGAUGAAACAACUGGAGCAUGACAUAGAUGUAAUUGAGAAGCAUAAAGUUAUCUACAUUGCAAAUAAGUAAGGACUGUUUUUCAGAUAUUGCCGCUUUUCUCCUUCUAUACCCCUGUCCUUCCAAGAAAAAAAAAAAAAAGCACAAAGCUGAAAAAAGAAAUUGAAAGUUUCAACUAUUCAGAAGAAGGUAAUAUUCAACUAACAUAAAGAUGUAGCUUCUUAUAAAAAUUGUUACAUAUAGCUAAUUCUCAUCUGUGUAAUCCACAAGUUUUUCAAAUAGGAUGUUUAAUAUGACUUCAAAUAUAUGAACAUGAUUUUAAUCUAUUUUUCUUUGUAAUUUUUAUCAACUACUAAAAUGUCUAUAAAUAUCACACAAAAAGCAUAAGAAAUACUGUUUUGUAUGUUUGGAGCACUUCUUUCCCUCGUAGCAAAAACUAAGUGGAAUAAUUGGCUGCUGAAGACAGCUUGGUAAAUACAACUUCAGGGUGGGAUGGCUUCUGGUCUAGUUAUUAAAGAGCUGUUGUGCUUUACUUAAAAGCUUGAACGAUUGUAUUUCUAAAUGGCUUGGCUUCUACAUAACAUUUUGUGUAUUCAUUUUUUGUUACUAAAAACAAAUUUUGUAGCAGAAGCCUAUAAUAAUAUAGGAACUCAAGCAAUAUGGAUACCACAUGUAGCUUGGUAUUCUGAUGUAAAAAAUAACACCAUAAUACUAUAUUAAAUCUACAACUAAAGUACAAAAAUGUGUUUUGAUUGCUUUUAUAUGUGUAAAGUUAGAAUGAAAACAAUAUAUUACUGUGUGAGUCAUGACCUAGGCAGAAAUGAUAUUGACAUAGUGUACAGCAAUUAUUUCCAUAAAAAGAAAAAAUGCUUUUCUUUCUUACUGCUUAACCUUUACUUCAGAACACAGCUUUUUCUGUAUUAUUUCAAUUAUUUCCACCAGCAGCUGUUGUGACUUCAUAAUAUCUGACAGCAGAAGAGGAUGGUGUCAAGCAUUUUAAAUAAACUAUUAAAAGCCAGAUUUUCAUGUGCGUUAGUUAAUUUCAUAAAUCUGCCCGGAAAGGACCUUGAAGACUUCACAGUGAUUCUAAGUUAUAUUUCUUGUGCAUCUUAAACUUGUCUAUGACAUGCACUCAGAAAGCUUGGGGUGAGCAGGAAUGUGUAUUUUGUUGUUUCUAACUUGCAGUAAAGCAGUAAUGUCUAUUUUUGAAAGGUAUAAAAUAAGCUGAAAGAAAA